GCCACAUACUCCACUCCAUGUCCCAUUAGUCACAACAAGAUCAAGUUUCAGGUUUAUCCCUCAUCACCAAACCCAUAUGAGCAAACAACAACUAGUUUUCCCUCACCAUUUCAACAAAUGGAAGGCACAUUUGUACAUGCUCUCUCCUUUGCAAAACCUUCAUCUCUGUUGAAUUCACCACUCUUACUUCACCUCAAUGCCACCUCAGUUGCUUUCAGUUCAGUACCCCACCAUCAUUUGCCCAAGCGCUUUCUGUUUCAGCCACCAAGUGGUGUUCGGUACAUAGCAAAAGAAAGGAAGAACCUGGGAGUUGUGCAUGCCUCAGAGGCUGCAAACCCAACAACCAAUGAUUCAGAAAAAUGGCUUCUUGAACCAGUUGGAGAUGGUGAUUCAAGGCAUAUAGGCUUCAAGGUUGAGAUGCCAGGUGCAUAUGUGAUUGCUUCUAGUGAGGUGACUGUUGGACGCGUACCUGACAAAGCAGAUCUGGUAAUUCCAGUUGCAACAGUGUCCGGUGUGCAUGCACGCAUUCAAAAGAAACAAGGGAAUCUUCUUGUCACAGAUUUAGAUAGCACUAAUGGGACAUUCAUUAAUGAGAAGCGGCUGAGACCUGGAGUAGUCACCACUAUAUCAUCCGGGAGUGUUAUUAUAUUUGGAGACACCCAUUUAGCUAUGUUUCGUGUAUCAAAGGUCGAAGACGUGAUGGCUGCGGACGCAGGUGUUGAAACUGAAAUUGAACCGGACACGGCUGCUGACGCAGAUGUUGAAACUGAAAUUGAACCAGACACGGACAACAAACGUGAUGAUACCGAAACGAGUUGAACAUCUAGUUGUGCCGCGCAUGCUAUGUUUUGUAUACUUAAAAAUGAACAAAUGAAAAUUUUGGCUAUAAUUUGAUUAAUUCAAAAAAUUAAUGUUGAACUCAAUCAUUUGGUUUGAAUUAAGUCAUAUAUUAAAGUUUUAAAUA